UCGACACAUGCCAGCUCUCCGAUUCUCGACACCUUCAGCACAUCACUUUUCAAGUCGCAGCAUUCUCCUCAGCUACCUCUCCAACCGACUCAGCAUGGCCAACCCCCAGUGUUUGAAUCUCGCCAAGAGCGUCCUGCUCAAGCGUCUCGAUCGUCAGCGCUUCGACUCGGCCGACUGGGCCAUGAACCUCCCCGCCAACCGCGAACAAGGGGACGACGAAGCAUCGAGUACGGUGCACGAAACCGACUCGCCCAAGACGAACACGGCCGCCUCGUCGCCGGUCGCGCAGCGCGUCAAGCCGUAAAGCUACCGUCGCUCUCUUGAUUUAUACAUAAUAGAACUUACAAUGUAACUGCACUGUCGCAUUGUACAUGCUCGAGGG